AUGGAGAAGGAAGAAAUGAUGAAUGUCAGCUCAGAGGCGGUCGCCGAUCAGCGCUCGACAUCCCCUCUGGACGGUGUUGAGAGCCGGAAUGAUGCAGACGCCGCAAACGGCGAUGAUUCGGGUCAAUCGGAGCCGUCCGUUCGCCGGAAGGACAUGCUUAAAGCUCUGGAAGCGGUGGAGAGAGAUUCUAUUGCGAUUGCAGAGAGCUACUCUUCUCUAUUUGCUUCUCUCCGAUCAUCACUUUCCGAGGCCACCAGCUCUACAGUUGAUCACAUGAACUGCUUCAGUGGUGCAGCUGGUCGCCUUCAAGAGUGUGUGCUUGAUGCAUCAACAAAGGGGAACAGAUACAUAAACUCUUGUCUGAGACUAAAUGAAGAAAUGAAAGGGAUGGAUGCACUUGCCACACAGUUAAAAGUACUCAGGAGGCACGUCGAUUCACUUGACUCUGUUGUAAAUAGACUUGUACGGCAACCUUGA